GGGCUAUAUAGAUGUGGCCUUCUUGGGACACUGAAGUGAUCUGAAGUACUUUGCUUAAAAGUUUUAUCUCACGAUACCUUCAGUCAUAGAGAAUGUGUAUGACACCCUUGAUCUGAAAGCAGAUGGACUUAGGUCACACGCCAGGAUUGGGGGCCCCAUGUCUAAAAUGCAAAGAAAAAUGUGCAGGGUUUGAGCUACACUUUUGGAGGAAAAUAUGUCGUAAUUGCAAAUGUGGGCAAGAAGAUCAUGACAUACUCCUAAGCAAUGAUGAGGACCAGAAAGUCGGGAGACUCUUUGAACACACUGAGUACACUAACAUAAUCACCAAGCUGAAGUCAGAAGGAAUGCCUUUGUUCAAAUACAAUGUUAUGGCAAUGACCGAUCCAUGUACUGCCAAGAAUACACUCUUCAACACUGGUAGCUAUGAGUGGGCUCCUCCUGUCCAGAAGCAGGAACUGGCCAGCAAUUACAUGCCUAUGGAGAAACUGUCAUUGUCUGGUUCAUGGGCAACACAGUACCUGAAGAAGCAGCUAUCGAAGCAGCUUCCUGCACAUGACCAGGACCCUUCUAAGUGCCAUGAGUUGUCUCCCAAUGAAGUUAGGGAGAUGGAGCAGUUUAUAAAGAAAUAUAAGGAUGAGGCUUUGGGAGUGGGUGCCAUGAAGUAUGUCUCGGAGGUGAAUGAUCAGGGUGACGAGGUGCAGAACCCUGCCAGAGUCAGAAACACCACAUCAGCAUUGAGUUCUAAGGACAAGUCUACAGAGCCUAAGAAGACCCAAUAUUCUUGUUACACUUGCAAACAACCCAUGAAAGAAGGAGAUACAGCCAUCUAUGCUGAAAGAGCUGGGUACAAUAAACUCUGGCACCCAUCUUGUUUUAUCUGCUGCACCUGUGGGGAACUCCUGGUGCACAUGAUUUACUUCUGGAAGAAUGGAAAGCUGUACUGUGGCAGACAUUAUUGUGACAGUGAGAAGCCCCGCUGUGCUGGCUGUGAUGAACUGAUAUUUAGCAAGGAAUACACCCAAGCAGAAAACCAGAAUUGGCAUUUGAAACACUUCUCUUGCUUUGAUUGUGACAAAAUUUUGGCUGGAAAAAUUUAUGUGAUGGUCAAUGAUAAGGCUGUGUGCAAACCCUGCUACAUGAAGAACCAUGCUGUGAAGUGUCAAGAAUGCCAAAGUGUCAUCGACCCGGAAUUGCAGAGAGUAACAAUUAAUAAUUUUAGUUGGCAUGCAUCCGCAGAGUGCUUCCUGUGCUCCUGCUGCAAAAAAUGUCUUUUUGGACAGAAGUUCAUGCCUGUAAAUGGGCUGGUUUUCUGUUCCAUGGAAUGUAAGAAAAUGAUGUCUUAAGAGGAGUGUAACAAGCAGCGGAGAGCUAGAGCUGUCCACAGUGGCUUACAUUUCAUGAUAAUCUGCAAUUUCAAAAAAUAAAAGAAAAAAUUAAAAAG